AUGAUUACAAACUUUGAUAAACUCUGUGGAGAUCUAGAAAAGCAAGAAUUGGAGGCUCCUACCGGUAUAGCAUCUCCUUCUACAUACGCACAACUCUUGGCAAUAUAUUUAUAUCAAAACGAUUUAUGUAAUGCGAAAUUCCUAUGGAAGAGAAUCCCUCAGAACAUAACAAGUAGUAAUCCGGAAAUAUCAGCAAUAUGGGCGGUAGGUCAGAAGUUAUGGAAAAAAGACCUACCGGGUACCUACCAGGCUCUAGCAGCUUUCAACUGGACUGAACCCGUUGCUAAUAUCAUCCGAGCUUUAGAAGAUAACAUAAGAGAGCGCACAUUCAACCUGAUUGGUCGCUCAUACAGUUCUAUAUCAAUUGACCAUGUGGUCUCGAUGACCGGCUUGAGCAAAGAUGCAGUUCUACAUGUCUGCAGAGACCGCAAAUGGAUGUUGAAUGAAGACGGAAUCACUGUGAGCCCCACACCACCCACCCAGCCUGCACCACUCCACACAUCCAGUGAAGACCAACUGUUCAAAUUAACCGAAUUUGUUUCUUUCUUAGAGAAUUAA